CAAAUAUGAAAAAGCCUCAAACAUGGUAGUUAACAAGCAUAAAUUGAUUCUUAUACCAAUCACAAGUAAUGCCAGCAGAGUUGAACUUCUGGAACAACAUAAUUUUAAGGCUCUAGCUGAUGAUUAA